AUUCUGACCUGGAAGAGUUCAGCCAAGAUCGCCGGUACCGGCCCAAGGACGUUAUCACCCUCUCCAGCAGCACGCACUUCUCGCCGCACGAGGUGAAGCGCAUCUACCGCGGCUUCAAGGUCGAGUGUCCCAUGGGCGUGGUCGGCGAGGACGACUUCAAGGAGAUCUACUCGCGGUUCUUUCCCAGGCAAUCAAACUCCAGCUUGUAUGCCCACUACGUGUUCAACAUUGAUGUGGAUUCUGCCGACCCGGUGAUCACCUUCGAGGAGUUUUUGAAGUGGUUAUCCCGACUAUGCCGGGGCACGGUAGAAGAGAAGCUGCGCUGGAUGUUCCGCCUGUACGACAUCAACAACGACGGCAGGAUCACCCGCGGGGAGAUGACGUCAGUGUUCAUCAGCAUCUACGCCCUGCUGGGGGGCGUCACGCUGGGUAUGCUCCAGGACGACUCGGUCGUCUCCACAAAAGUAGACGACGUCUUUCAGAGGAUGGACACGAACCGGGACGGUGUAGUGACCCUGGACGAGUUCCUCGACUUCUGCUCGUCCGACCAGACAGUGCUGCACUCGCUCUCACAGCUCACCACCGUACUAUGAGUGCCGGUUGAUCGUGCCGGGUCACGUGGCCUGACGGUGCUGCAUUCGCUCUCACAGCUCACCACCGUGUUGUGAGUGCCGGCUGGCGGGGCCAGUUCACGUGACCAGACGGUGCUGCAUUCGCUCUCACAGCCCACCACCGUGUUGUGAGUGCCGGCUGGCGGGGCCAGGUCACGUGACCAGACGGUGUUGCACUCGUUCUCACAGAUCACCACCAUGCUAAGAGCGCCGGCCGGGCGGGCCGGGUCAUGUGACCAGACGUGGUAUCACUGCCGGCCCCCUGAUGUCGUGCCGCUUCCGCCGCCACCGCUUCGUGACUUCACGAACCAGGUCGCGCAACGUCACACGCACUGAGGGACGUCACGGCUUUAGCCGCUUCCGGACGCGCCGCAACAGCGGGAGAGCCACGCGGCCAACACGAGAA